AUGGUUGGAAGCAAGCGCACAAGGAGCAAAACCGCCGGGAUGGCUCAAUCCUUGACGGCCCAAAGCUACUCCUCCUACGAUCCCGCGAUCGACAUGGUGGCUUCACCGCCUCUUGCCGCCGUGAACCCGCAGCAAACCCUAGCUGCCGCACCACAGCAUCCACCCCGUGUGACUGGAACCACCGCGCUAGCCUCUACCGUCGUCGUACCAUCUCAAGGUCCCAUGGCCGGAUCUAGCCACCUUCAUAGCAUCGCCGUUGAGCAUGGUGGAACCUCUCAUCAAGGUGGGCUCACUACCACCAGUAUUCCCUUCAUUGCCCCCAUGCUCGACGCACGCUCCCGCAUACACAUCCAAUGA